AUGACUUUGCAUGAUGAAGCAGCAGAACCUGAAGGAGUGGUUGAACCUCAACUCCCGUCGAGCCACGAUCUCUUUCAAAAGAUGUUGGAAGAGGAAUUGAGGAAGGAAGAGGAACGGUUGAAAAAUAAUGAAUUACAGGGAGGGGUUAGAGUGCCCAAAACAAAGACGAAUUCAAGUAACAUGAAUUUUGAUGAGCAGCCCAUAAAACCGAUACCUCAAAAUUCGAACGGGCAGUCAACGGCUUUGCAUUCUCGGAAAAUGAAACAACAAGACCCAUCAAGCAAGGUUGAGGAAAUUCAAACAACUACAACUUCAUCAUCAGCCGAAAUUUCAUCAUCCACGGAUAAGGUUCAACAACUGUUACCAGAAAAUGACAUGACGGAACGAGUAGAGUCUUCCUGUGCUGACGGCCUUAACCAAAAUGAAACACCAAGGUCUUUUGAAACAGAAAGAUUUGAAACAAAAAAUGAUGAUUUUGAAAUACACAUUCGCAUCCCAGCAGCAAGAAAACGAGGAGUGGCUGAUCCGUCCUCCACAACAACAAGCAAUAACAAUUCGGAAGAGCAACCCUUGUCGCUGCCAACACCAGUCAUGACUGAUGUUCCCAAUAGUGUUACCUCUCCUUUUGAAGAAGCCACACCACCAUCAUCGAAUUUAUUGUUUGAGAAUAUGCUACGCAAACAAUUAUUGGAAGAAAAUGUCAACAACUCGUCGUCAAAUGAUGACAACCCAGCAUGGAAAAAGAAAGUGGAUGAACUCGAGCAAUUAUGUACGAAAUUUAAACAGGUGGACUCAACGGAUUCUGUAUUUCAAGCCAGCGAAAACGAACUCAUUCAAGCGCUUAACAAUAGACAUCCAAGCGUUUUGGAAAAAGCCGUGGAAACUCUCUAUCAUUUUGUGAACCAUUACAAAAACGCGCCUAGUACAGCCGAGAAAUUUAUUCCCAUCUUAAUUGAGAAGGGUCUACCCUCAAAACCAUCCGUUCAAUCCAAGAGUAUUGAAAUCAUAUUAUUGUAUAUUGAAGUUUCUGAUCCUACUUGUAUUAUAUCAAUACUGAAGGGCCAUUUCUCGAAUAAGAAGCCAAAGCUUCGAGCACAAUGCAUUGGCAUUGUACAAACAGCAGUGCACGAUUUUGGUUUUCCAACCAUACCUCCUAAAAUAAUUUUACAAAGUCUCCCCAGUAUUCUUGAUGAUGCGAGCGUGCGAGAGGAGGCACACAAACUCGCAAUGGAAACCUUCCGAUGGCUUGGAUUUGAAGCUGUUGAGGCACACUUGACAAGUGUAAAGCCAAACAAAAUGAAGGCUUUAAAAGAAGAGUUUGACCUUAUUAAGGACAAGUCACCAGCUGCAGUAACACGAUUCUGUAGAUCUACUCUCAAUGCUGCAUCAUCCAAGACUUCUACCCUCUCAACCACCAUUACCUCGUCACUCCUCAAAGAUAUUGAGCCACCAACAAAAGAAAAAGAGACCGUUGAUAUCAAUGAAAAGUUGAGAAAGGAUUGGUACAAUGAUGCUGAAAAUGAAAAAUGGUCCAUACGUAGAAACGCCUUUGAAGAAUUGAAAAAAAUUGUUGAAAGCUUUCAUAUCAAGAAGGGAUGUGAUUGUUCAAACGUUUUUUCUGCUAUCAAUGUGGUUAUUCAACGAGAAAAGAAUGUUACGGUUGUGAAGGAAUCUAUUGAUUGUUUGAAUGCCUUUUCGAAAGCAAUGAAGUCUGAUUUUAUAAUUACGGCCAAAUCCCUCUAUGAACGUCUGUUGACCAAGUUGAAAGAAAAGAAGUUGGCUGACCCUACAAUUGAAUGUCUGGUGUCGUUUGACACUUUUACGUUUCCGUUUACUGACAUGCUAGAAACUAUUUUUUCAGCCAUGAACAAUAAGACUGCCUCAACUUCAGAAAAACUGCAAAUAUUUGUUCUCAUAGAACGGUGUUUGCUCAACAAAAAGAAGAAAGAUUUGGAAAAAGCUCUCAAAUCUCUGACCAAUCAUUUACUAUCUUUCACAGAUGAUGCAAGCUCUGAAGUGCGCGAUACUUGUUGUAAAAUUAUAGCUCGCCUUAUUUGGGUAGUUGGAGAGUCUGGUCAAACAAGCGUAUUUAUGAAAUUAGAAUCUCAUGUGAAGGAAAAAAUUGUACAGUAUUUGGAAUCUUAUGGAACUCCUCCAAUCGACAGUGAUUUUAGCAAAAAACUAUCACAAUCCAUAGAACAUAAGAAAGUAGCAAGUUCUGCAGUUCAAAAACCGUCAUCCGCCGGCUCAGUAUCUCGACCUCCCUCACGAACCAUGGAAACCAAACCCUCCUCAAGCUCCACCAAGAGAUCUAAAGUACCAACCUCAAAAUCACUCUCUCUGAACAAACAAAGUAAUAAUAGUGGCAGCAAUUCAGCUCCUGCUAUCACCCUAUCUGCGUCAGACGUAUUAGAAGAAUGCAAGAUAUUAUUUGGGGAGGCUUGUAUUGAAAAGCUUACCAAUAGCAAUUGGAGUGAUAGAAUUGCAGCCCUUUGCAACAUUGAAUCCGUUAUUAAUUCACUGGAAAAAUCAACACUAGAAGCCAAGCAAGAUCACAUCAUAGGUCUCUUUCAAUACAAACCCGGAUUGAAAGAAUCCAAUGCCAAAGUAUUAGAGAAGAUUUUUGACAUGAUUGAAUGCAUUCUCAACAAGACAGAUGGUAAAUCUGGAGAACUAAAUGCAUUACCAACCAUCACAUGGAUGGUUGAUAAGCUCAUAACGCCAAAAGUUGAUGUGCAAGCUAAAAAAGGUUUAAAAGCAUUUUGUGAAUCCAUCAAUCCUCAGUAUCUAUUUAUUAAGAUCUGUGAAAACUUGGAUGACAAGCCACCAAAAUUGAUUGGAUCUAUUUUGGAAUGGCUGAGUGAAGUUAUAACAGAGUUCAGUAUUGCAUGCUUUAGCACUCCAGAACUGAUCGAUUUUGCGAAAAAGUAUUUGGGAAAUAGCAAUCCAAUCAUCAAGAAAGGUUGUAUAAAAAUGAUUGUUGCCAUGCGAUCAUAUAUGGGAGAAGGUCUGUUAAAUUUUUUUUCAGACACAAAACCUGCCUUGUUAGACAUGGUUAAAAAAGAGUUUCAGAAAGUCGAUGGGCCGCCACCAGAGCCAACACGUAAAGUUAAGGGACAAGAAAGGAUACAACUCAGCAUGAGCGCGUACGAAAAUUCUCUUCCAAGGUUUGACAUUAUGCCAAAAAUCGCUCCCAAAAUCUAUCACUCGCUCGACGAUAAAAAUUGGAUCAUUCGAGUUGAGGCGCUACAAACAAUUGAAAAGAUUAUCACUGAUGACGCCCACAAGCGAAUUCAACCAAAUAUUCUGGAUCUCAUUCAUGCAUUAAGACAAAGGCUGGAAGAUGCCAAUAUCAAGGUGGUUACCACGACACUCACUCUUUUAGAUGUAAUUGCAGAGGCUGUUGGAUCAGAUAUGGAAAAGUUUUUGAAAAUUCUGUUACCAAGCAUUGUGUCUAAAUCCAUGCACAAUAAUAAGGCAGUUCGAAGUGCAGCGUUGGAAUCUUUGGACAAGUACAUUUCUGUAUUUCCAUUCGAGAGUAUGUUAAAAUUUUUCCCCAAAGCCAUCACCAGUGAAAAAGGCAAUCCUGAAGGAAAGAAGGAAGUACUGGAAUUUAUUUACAACCACUUGGCAACCAUGAAAACUAAGAAUAUUGACAUUUUUUCUCCUUUGGUAAAACCCUUAUUGGAAUAUUUGCAGGCUUCUAGACCUGAUACGCGAAAGCUAGCAGAAGCAAUUCUUUCUGAAAUUUUACAGCAUGGAGGCUAUGAUUAUGUUUCAAAACAGGUGAGAGAGCUGAAACCUGCUUUCCAGAAGAGCUUGGCACCUCUUUUACAAAAGCAUGCACCUCUUCCAACUGAUAGCGAUUCGUCACAACCUCAACUACUCACUCAAUCCGUCAAUCUCUCGAGCACUCCUGCAACGUUACAAAAACCUGAGCGAAAGAUGACAUUAAGGGAUGUGAGCAGAUCACUCAAUGUAGAAAGUAGACAAACGACUGCGGCGACAACUGGUUCACAUCCGCCAUCCUCUGCCGCCGUUUCUACAUCAAACACUUUUAAUCCAGGUUACAUCAUGAGCAACAAUGAUCCCGAAUCAGAAUUUUCCAAGCAACCAAAAACAGUGAAGAAACGUGCCAACAUUUCCAAGACACUGGCCUCAUCUCCAAACCGAUCUCCUUCGCCGCCACAUGUAAUGCAGUCAAAAACAGUUACUGUACAACCUCUGAAACCAUUCUUACCUAUUAUUCCUCGUUUGCAAUUGGGAACUACUGCGCAAUCACCGUCCGUUGUUGAUGAGUAUAAAUUGGAUUUAGAAAAGAUCGAAGAACAAACAGUUACACCACACAUGUCUUCCUCUGAAGUCACCAUUCCAGAAUUGCCACAACAUCAACCACAUAAUACAUCUCUAACAGGAAACUCUACUCCAAGAAUGCCUGAAAGAUCUCCUGUGAAAGAAACCAUUCGAAAAGAGCAGAUUCACUCAACUCUCUCUGUAGGAGAGUUGGUAGACACAAUCAACACAAGCGAGCAUGGAUCAGAGGUUGCCAUUAAUGCUCUGAAAACUCUAGUGAUGAAAUUUAAGGAUGAAUCAUGUAGACCUGCCAUCCUCUCGUAUUUGAAAGAACUUGUAGAGUGUCUCACUGAAAAUACUCAAUAUUCUUUCGAAAAGGCGUCAGCAGGAAUAGUCUCAACUAGAAUUUGUAAAUAUCUUCUUUCCACACUCAUGUCUCUGUUCAAUGAUAGACAAAUGGCUGCAUUUGUUCCACAGGAAACUUUGCAAAGAACGAUCGAUCAGUUGCUGAGCCGUCUGUUAGAUGAAAGAUUACCCUCUCUCGAAAAUGGACAAGAUUUGUUGAAAGGACUUAACUCACUCAUGCUGAAAGUAUUGGAAAAUUCAAACAGGACAUUCUCUUAUACCUCUCUCAUACACUUGUUGGAAUAUUCGUAUGCUAAUCCUGCUCUGAAAAAGUAUUCAGAGUUGGUGGUGAAAUGUCUUAUCAAGUUAACAAAAGCCCUUGCUGCUACCAUUUCACGAGUUGAUGUGGAUAUUCUAUUGAUGGAUUUACAUAGCUUUUUGACACACAAUCCUCCCACCUUGUUUAAGGAUAGAAAUGAUUUGCCGCUGAGGACUGUGAAAACCAUUCUUAAUGAGUUGGUCAAGGUCAAAGGAGAAAGUAUAAGAUCGUGCCUCAAUCUAAUACCCACUCACAAAAACCCUCUCAUUAUUUCAUACAUUGAACUCAUGCUCACUUCGUCUGGAAAUCAGCAAGUCCAAGUAGGUUCUGUUGGACCAACAAUGACAACCAACGGAAACGGAAAUGCUUCAAGUAAUGCUGUUGCAACAUCAAUAGCUGUCACCUCUAAUAAUCUCAACAUUCAAGCAAAUGGUGAGAAUACUAGUACUAGCAACACAAUUGUGACAACAACAGGUCAACCAUCGACGUUGCAACAAACUCAACCACAACAAGCAAAACCAACAAGACCCUCACCUCCAAAGUCUGCAAACGGAAUCAAUGAGAAAGCGAUUCAAGACGAGCUUACCGAAAUAUUUAAUUUAAUUAGUAACAAGGACAGUACGCAUUCUGGAUUAUACAAAUUGUACGAGUUCAAAAAGACGCAUCCCAGUGUGAGUAUCAAUACACACCUAUCCAAAUGCAGCGAACCAUUCCAACAAUACAUUCAUCGUCAACUUGCUAAAAUUGCUCAAUAUGAAGCCUCAAAGCAAGAUGCCACUUCGAGAAGCGUCUCAACAACAACUCUUCAGAAAAGCCAGCCUGCUGCUUCUUCUGUGUCACCAACAAGAAAAACUCCAACAAUUACGUCCGUUGAUGACAUCCGAAGGCAGUUAAAGCUCGUUCAGCAAGAAUCCAAGCUGAAAAACGCACGGUCUCUGACAGUUUCUGACCUGAAGAAGAGGAUUCAAAACAUUGAGGAAAAACUCUCCGCUGACAGUGAUGAGUAA